GCUAGGAAGCUCCAGGUGGAGCAAGGAGCAGGGGGAACUCAUGAGAAGGAUGAGGGCGGGCCCCCGCCUGGUUUGAUGCCAAUCUUUCCGGCCUAGGCGAAAGGAGCGGUAGGCGCGCGCCGCUUUGGCCAGCAGCUCCAGACGACCCGCAGUAAAGGGCCGCUUUCCUCUCUCAGAAACACCGCUGGGUCAGUCAGGUGCCUUUGGCAAAGGAGACGGGAGGCCUCCUGGCAGGCCUUUGUGAGGCGAGUUCCCCGGACUGCGCUCCACCACCCCUCGCCCUCCCCGCUUCUGUCUCCAAUAAAGCGCACCCACCAAGGGCGCGCCCCGACCAGCCUCACGGCUAGCCGCCUGGUUUCCGGAGGGUUGAGCCAGCGCUUUCAGGCUCCUCCUCCCGCUCGCUGUCGCUGCUUCUCUUUCCAUCUUCAGCGCGGGCGAAGAGAAGCCUCGGCAGGAGCGGCUGCCCCGGCAUUACAGCCUGGCGGGGCAAGCUGCUUGUGCGCGGCCCGGAGACCCAGCGCGCCUACGGCUGGCUUCGGUUCGGUUCCUUGAGGGUUGCUUGACUGCCAUGUUAAUGCUGUUUGCAUAUGGAGUGCUACUUCAGGAAAUCUUGGCCAGUGUUUACAAUGAAAACCUUGCUGAUGCUAGCAAUAUUCCGGAAGUGCCAUUGUUUAGCUAUGAAAACAUCAACUUGCCAGAAGAGCACAUCCCAUACUUUUUAUAUAACAACCAGCACAUUGCCACAGUCUGUAAGCAGGAUCCUCAUUGCCCAUAUAAAAAAUACUUGAAGAAACUGAAAUCAUGUUGGGGGUAUGAGAAAUCAUGUAAACCAGAGAAAAGAUUUGGAUAUCCAACAUGUGAUUAUGUGGAGGCAGGGUGGGCUAGUACUGUUGAGGAGGCUCAGCAUAUGUUCUGGAAGCAAGCUGAUUUUGGUUAUGUUAAAGAGAGGAUAGAUGAAGUGAAGACUCACUGCAGACCUAAGGCAAUGGGGGAUUCUUCAUUCAAAUGUUCACGUUAUCUCCAAUACUGCAGAGCAAAGAAUUUGUACAUUGAUUUAAGAAGCCCAAAGAGGAACCAUGAUAGAUUUAAUGAGGACUUUUUCCAGAAGGGGCAAAUUGGAGGUCACUGUAAUAUGGAUGUUAAAGCUUUCCUUGCUGAAGGCCAGCGGAAAAGCCCUCUUCAAUCUUGGUUUGCUGAGCUGCAGAUGUAUACAGAACUGAAUGCUAGACCUAUAGAAGAUGGUAUCUGCGAUGUUGUUAUUGACAAACCAACUUAUUUCAUGAAGUUUGAUGCAGGUGUUAAUAUGUACCACCAUUUCUGUGACUUUGUCAAUCUUUACAUCACUCAGCAUGUUAAUAACUCAUUCAACACAGAUGUCAACAUUGUCAUGUGGGAUACUAGUUCCUAUGGAUAUGGAGACUUAUUCAGUGAAACUUGGAAGGCAUUUACGGACUAUGAAAUAAUACACUUGAAAUCAUAUGAUUCAAAAAGAGUAUGCUUCAAAGAAGCAGUUUUUGCCUUACUGCCUCGCAUGAGGUAUGGCUUAUUUUAUAACACUCCAUUGAUCUCUGGCUGCUAUGGUUCAGGAUUAUUUCGAGCCUUUUCUCAGCAUAUUUUACACAGAUUAAAUGUCACACAAGAUGGACCUAAGGAUGGAAAAAUCAGAGUUACAAUACUUGCUCGAAGUACAGCAUACAGGAAGAUACUAAACCAAAAUGAGCUUGCCAGUGCUUUGAAAACGCUGUCAUUAUUUGAAGUCCAGAUAGUCAAUUACAUGUACAAGGAGCUGGAGUUUACAAAGCAACUGAAAAUUACACACAAUUCUGAUAUAUUCAUUGGAAUGCAUGGAGCAGGCCUUACUCAUCUUCUCUUUCUGCCAGAUUGGGCAGUCAUCUUUGAACUGUACAACUGUGAAGAUGAACGCUGCUAUUUGGAUCUGGCAAGACUGAGAGGUGUCCAUUACAUGACCUGGCAAAGGAAGGAUAAAGUAUUCCCCCAGGAUCAGGGGCAUCAUCCAACACUUGGGAAACACCCGAAGUUUACAAAUUACUCGUUUGAUGUGGAAGAAUUUGUCCGCUUGGUGCUUCUGGCAGCUGAUCGUGUGUCGCAACAUUCCAAAUGGCCAUUUAGGAGAAAACAACACGAUGAAUUCUAGGUUACACUACAGUGUUGUUUAAAAAAGCUAAAGUGUUAAAUGUGUCACCUAUUUUGAUACACAGUCCUAAACGACUAACUUUUUUUCCUGGAGAAAAAAGAAUGAGAGUCGCAUGUCGGAGCUCUUCUCUGCCCCCCCCAUUGUGUUAUUUCUGUAAUGUCUUCUCCCUUCCUUAUAUUACUUGAGUUUGUGUUAUUAUGGAACACCUAUUUAUUUAGUACAAUUAAAGUUUGCACUGCUUUGUC